AAACCAGCCAACACCAAAUACAAGCAGACCAAGUUGUUUUCAGGAUCCUCAGUGGUGCAACAAAGAAGAUUAGAUGAGCUGAUUGUUUCCUAUGUUGUUCAAGGUAUGCAUCCACUCUCAACAGUUGAGCAGAAGGAAUUUAUUGAUUUGAUUCAGGGACUUAGCCCACACUCAUCUGUGAUGUCAAGGAGAACACUGUGCAGAAGAAUUGAUUGUGAAUUUGAUUCAAAAAUUAGUAGCGUAAAAGACUUGUUGAAAACAACCAAACAUCUUUGCACCACGGCUGACAUCUGGUCCACUAGUGUGUCUAGUUUCAUAGGAGUCACAGCUCACUGGGUUCAUAAUGACACAUUGGAACGCCAGUCUGUGACAUUGGCUUGCAGACAUUUUCCAAGUCCACACACAUAUAACCAAAUUGCUGAAGUGUUGGAUGAAAUCCACUCUGAAUUUGGGCUGUCACAUGAGUGCAUUGUGGCCACAGUGACAGACAACGGGUCUAAUAUUGUAAAGGCCUUUAAAGAGUUUAGCAUCACUAUAGAAGAGCAAGAUGAGGAAGAUGGUAAUGAGGAUCUGUCUUUUGUACACAUUGAUUCAUCAGUUCCAGAGUAUAAUGAGAAUGGAAUUGUUUUGCCAACCCACUUGAGGUGUGCAUGCCACACCUUGAGUUUAGUGGCCACCACAGAUGCAAAGAUAGCCAUCAGAGACAAUCCUAGUCUCUCUCGUCUCAACAAUGCCACAAUGGGUAAAUGUUCUGCAUUAUGGAAUGCAUCAGGCAGACCAAAGAGUGCCGAGAAGCUCUCUGAGGUGUUAAACUGCGGGUUGAUCACACCAUGUCCAACACGAUGGAACUCUCUCUAUGACAGUCUCAACCAGUUGAACACUCAAAGAGGAAAACUUGGAGAUAUCAUGUUGAAAUUGAACCUACCUUCCUUCAGGGAUGCUGAACUAGAUUACCUGGAGGAGUACACCAAAAUCUUGAAGCCCUUUGCAGUCGCCAUUGAUCGAUUACAGGACCAGUCAUCCUGCUAUUAUGCUGAGCUUCUUCCCACCCUGUUUGCUGUGAAAUCUAAACUUGAAGCUUUACGUUCCUCCAAUUUCAGAUACUGUUCUCACCUUUUGCAAGCCAUUAUGGAUGGUUUCAGAAGCAGAUUCAGCAGCUUUCUACAACUUAAACCAGAAGUCAAUGAGGCAAUCCUGGCAAGUGUAACCCAUCCAUACUUCAAAAUGCGCUGGCUACCCCAGCAAUUGUCAGGGGAAAAAAAACGAAUCCAUGAACUAAUGAUCCAGUCAGCAGCAGACCUUGGGCUUGUCAUGGAGAGUGGGUCAAGUUCAACAACUGCUGAUGGUGAAGUGGAAGACUUUUUUGUCUUUACUGAAGAUGUUGAGGUCUCUGGCAAGUCUACACACAGCAAAGCUGAACUGGAGACAUUGCACUUUCUAGAAGAUCAGAGAAAGGAGUUGGAAGUCUUGGACCAGUAUCCACUUAUUAGACAACUGUUUGUGAGGUUCAACACAAUCAUCCCCUCUUCAGCUCCUGUAGAACGCUUGUUUUCAUUUGCAGGCUUAAUCAAUAGGCCACACAGACGACGCCUGAAACCCAAUCUUUUUGAAAAGCUGGUAGUGCUAAAGGGUAUCGAAUAGAUGGAUAUCUGAAACACACAGUCAAGACCGCCUAAAUCAAGACCAAGACACUACCAAGACCAGAGGGUAUCGAGACC